UAUAUUCAAUAAAAAUUAAGUCGAUUGACGCUAAAAUUGAUUUUAAUAAUUAUUAUAAUAUUUGGUAUUGAAAAUUUUAAAUACGAAUUGUCGAAUACGUCGAAAAUUAAAAAAAACAAUUCAAAAUGUUUAAUACAUUUAAAGUAAGCAUCGGUUCAAUGUUAUUCAUACAACUGUUUUGUUGUACAGUUGUUAUGGUCAUUGGACAACAGUUCAAACUAAAACAGUUAAACGAUCGACAAGCUAUACACAACCAAUGGGCCAGUCAACCGCUUACGGAUACAACAUAUGACUAUAUUGUUGUCGGUGGCGGCACAGGCGGCUGUGUAGUGGCCUGUCGUCUAUCGCAACGGGGAAACAAUGUAUUGAUGAUAGAGGCCGGCGGCGCUCAACAUGCAGUAUUGAACGAUAUGCCCGGUGCCUAUGAUAAGCAGUUAAAAGUUGGUAAAGAUCAAUUUUGGCAAUACUAUACUACACCGCAGGCUGCAUGGGGUGGUCGGACGUACAAUGAGAUUCACGGCAAAGUAUUAGGCGGCGACUCGUCGGUCAAUGCAAUGGUUUUCGGUCGGGGAUCGUCCGUAUAUUACGAUAGCAUCGAAAAGAAUACCGGUGCCCGUGGCUGGAGCUUCAAGGAUGUGUUACCUUAUUUUAUGAAAAUCGAAAACAAUACCGAUCCGACUGCUGACAGCAGAUUUCAUGGCCGUCAGGGACCGAUAAAAGUGCAGGCGCCAAAGUCGACGGCUCCGAUAUUACAGAAAUAUUUGGACACUUUAGAAGAGAUGGGUUUAGCCAACAAAGAUCCGGACAACUAUAACAACGACGACGCUGCCUUUCCCCAGGGUAUGUGGUAUAAUGGUGUCCGAUCGUCCACAGCUAACGGCUAUAUAGAGUUUGGCGGACUUUGUCCAAAACUGAAAGUUCAGGCCAAUGCCUGGGUUUACAAAUUGCUUAUCCAUAAUGACACUAAUGGUGAGCCCAGGGUCAGUGGCGUCCAGUUUGAGAAAAAUAAUAAAACUAUUAAAGUCAAUGCAACUAAAGAAGUUAUCGUUUCGGCAGGUAAUUACAUGUCCGCACAUUUGUUAAUGUUGUCGGGUAUCGGACCAAGAGAUCAUUUAAUCGAUAUCAACGUCAGUCCGAUUUGGGCCGAUCUGCAAAUUGGUACCUCAUAUCAGAACAGACCGGCCAUUAACUUGGAAUACGCCAUUACUGACCAGAGUCUUGUCGGCGAAUUACCGAUGAAUACUGACAGCCAGAUCGAGGACUGUGUUGUUAACGGCAAGGGUCCGAUGUGCGACGCGCCCCGUAUAUUGGUUUUAUAUAAUUCAAAAAUAAAUUAUCCGAAAGAGUUUGUCGAUAUUAUCAACUUUGUCACACUGUCGCCGCCGGUCGCUGGCAGUAAUGUCAGUGUUGGCCACGCGUUUACUUUUGUUUCUAAAACCAGAGCCAUGGGUACUAUACGCCUGAGAUCUAACAAUUAUCGGGAUUUGCCAUACAUUGAUCCCAAUGUUUUGGGUCAUCCGGAGGACAAGACCCGUAUGAUGGACGCUAUCGCCAAGUUUUUCUAUCAUAUCGAGGAAACAUCUUUCAAAAAAUAUGCCGCAAUACCGGAAAAACCUCAAAGUUCAGAGUGUGAGUACUGUAAGUCAGGUCCCCAAUGGAAGUGUCAUGAACUGCACGAAUGUCUGUUCCGGACUCUGGGUAUAACCGAAUUUCAUCCAUUGGGUGUAAUACCGUUUGGUGGACCCAAUCGUAUAGAAGCGGUACUCGACGAACGUCUACGGGUCAAAGGUGUCCGCGGAUUACGUGUAGCCGACGCGUCAAUAUUGCCAGUUGGCUAUACCUUUACACCGAAUACUGGUCCCGCUUAUGUGGUUAUGAUGGUCGCCGAGAAAGUUGCCGAUAUGAUCACUGAGGAUAACAAACACUAAUU